AUGUAUUAUCAUCAGCUUAGUCGAGAAAAUGCCGAAAUACGGCUGAUGCGGCCUCUAUGCCUCGCUCCCUCGGGGCCCGUCUCUGAUUUUGAGAUGUCCAAUGUCUCUCUUAACUUCCUACCGCCGUACCAGGCCAUCUCGUAUAGCUGGGGCAGCCCGAUGAGAGCACCCAACAUCACGCCUUUCGCAAUCACCAUUAAUGGAACCAGGCGCUACAUUUCCAGCAACUUGCAGUUUGCCCUCGAGCAGAUCCACACCGUGUCUAGCAGUGAUACCUGGCUUUGGAUCGACGCCCUCUGCAUCAACAUGGAAGACCAAAACGAGAGGAACUGGCAGGUGGCGCAGAUGCACAACGUCUUUGCCUCGGCCGACUCUGUCUUGUUCUGCAUGGGGCCCGCAGCCAACGACAGCGACUAUUUGUUUGACCUUCUCCGCUCGUUUGGAUGGGAAGCCGUCGAUGUUGGCAUUUAUCCUGGCCACGGUCUGUUCUUCAAUGACACCCACGAGGACGCCACCUUUCCGAACCUUUCGCCCCAGGCACAGCGAUUUAUCCGUAGACUCGUUUUGGCAGAAAAAAUAUACGGAAAGCGCCUGCACGAUGCCAUCGACGCCCUGUCGCGCCGCCCUCACUGGAAACGAUGCUGGAUCAUCCAGGAGCUGGCGCUCGCCAAGCGUGGUAUUAUUGUGUGCGGAGACAAUACCAUAGAAUUGCACCAUUUUUAUGCCAUCAUGCGCGCGCUGGGUAGAGUUCGUGCCUGGCGCGGCAAUUUGCCGCCUGUUGGGGACGACUGCUAUUUCACGCCCAGCUCGGCGUACAAUGCCAUGCUUGGCGUUGGCGGCCACAUGAUGUGCGUGGGCCAGGAAAUGGUCUCCAUGAAGUUGAGCACGACGCUGCAUUGGUUCCUCACCCACUGGGCGUCCACGCGCAACGCGCCUGGUUUGAACGGCCCGUUUUACUUGGCGACUGAUCCAAGGGACGUCAUCUUUGCCCUUCUCGGCGCUGCCUCAGACCGAGUUAGCCUCGGUAUCCAUGUCGAUUAUUCAAAGACGACGCGAGACGUGUACACAGAGGCAACGGUGGCCAUGUUCCGCGGUAAUGCGGAGCGUGUGAUUUUGGAGUUGGCCUCUUUUCCCAAGGACAUUGGCGGCCUGCCCACCUGGGUGCCCGACUGGAGCCGUAUCGGCCGCCUCGGUAUACAAGAUCCUAUUAGCUACGACAGCUCCUUUUACCUCUUCCAGUCACCGAAGACCAUGACCGAUCUCACUAUCCUUGACGGGUACAUCUUGCAGAGGCAUGGAUACGUCUGCGGGGUUGUCAGGCGUGCUCUGCGGCUUUUCGACUCUAGUCACAACACGGAGCAACAGGCUGCUGCCUUAUCUUGUGCGCUGCAGCAUGAUCGCGUGGCGUGCGUCGAGGACAUGCUGGAGUUUAUGAAUCUCUAUGCCCCCGACGUUCCGGAGGACAGCAAUGAAACAGUUGAGACACGCCUUUGGCGUACCAUUACCACGGACUACCGCCGUAAUACCACGAUGAGCAACGGAUCCACACUGCUCGACGGAUACCACGAAUGUUGCGGCAGUCUGCUGCGCCGCCAGCCCAUACCAGCCAGGGACCUUUCCGCGCUGGCCAUUGCCUGGAUGCAGAUAAUACCGGAGGCGGGAGAGGAUGAGUCUUCGCAGGGACAGGUAGAUGCGUUUGUGAAAGUGGCGCAGGAUCGAGCUCUGGAGCUUACACGCAACCGCACGCUGUUCGUGACCGAGGAUGGCAGGGUCGGGCUGGGGCCUUACCUGACCCAGCCGGGGGAUGUAGUCACGGCACUGGUGGGAAAUACCGUACCUACUCUCCUCCGACCGGAUCCGGCUGGCGGCGCGUAUCAGUACCUGGGUCAGGCCUUUGUGGAGGACAUGAUGGAGGGCCAGCUGGACCAAGGUGAGCACCGGUAUCAGGUGUUUAAUCUGGUCUAG